AUGGUGCGCGCAUGGCGCGCAUUGCGCGGGAAAGCUGCGCGUCAUAUAGGAAUCACUGUGGAUGGUACACAGAGUGAUGCUGCGAGUUGGUGCUGUAUACUCCCUAGUAGUCAAAAUGACUACCUCAGGCAAUGGCUGCCAAGGCAGGAAUCAUAUCUACAUCACCUCCUCGAUCGAGAAGCUCCACCCGAAGACAGGAGAUGCAUCAUCUGCCAACAGGAUGGGGUGUACAAAUGUCAAGAUUGUCUUGGCGAGCCACUUUAUUGCACGGGCUGUUGCAGGAGUCAACAUCGUAGCAAUCCUUUCCACUGGAUCAGUCAAUGGAAUGGGCGAUUCUUUGAGCGGAGUUGUCUAGCUCAUGUGGGACUCAUUAUAUACCUUGGCCAUGAUGGCAAACAAUGUCCGGCGGUCACCGAUCGGUGGGAUUUGUUUGAAGAAGAUGAACCCGAAGACCUGCUCGAGCCUGAAGAUCUGCCAUUUGUGUCCGGACCCGAGUUCCAGCCAAAGGAAAACACCAUGGUCAUCGUGGACAAGUCUGGAGUUCAUCGCCUGGAGGUUCAAUGCUGUGAAUGUCCGAAUGCCAUGAGUCCGGACAUUCAAAUGUUUCGACACGGAUUUUUCCCUGCAUCUUUUAACAGGCCAAAGACUGUGUUCACCUUCAGAGUGCUCAAUGAUUUUCUACUGGACAGCCUUGAAUGCGGCACCUCCGCGAUGAACUAUUACAGCAAGCUCCGGCGAAUGACCUCCAGCAUGUUUCCACACCUUGUUCCGGACCGAUACAGAGAGCUCAUGAGGGUCGCUCGACAGUGGAGGCAGUUGAAGACAAUGAAAUGGCAUGGCUUCGGCCAUCGUUCUGAUAACCCGAGCACAGGAGAACUUGCAUUAUUUUGCCCGGCAUGUCCUCAGCCUGGGAUUAAUGUGCUGUUGGAUCCAAGCUGGAAAUACACCCGGUCAUUUGUGAUGGACAGAAAUUUCAAAGCCGAACAUCUGCAUCCCAUUAAGCCAUUCAAUGAAGUUUGGCUGUCCGAUGGGCUUGGAUUCAUGGUAGGAAAGGACAGGUAUAAAAUGCACCUGGCAGAGGCUGCUGACACAGUGGAAAAAUCAAGCUGCAACAAUCACCGGGCAGUAAAUCAAGCUAAUGCUGCUCGGCACAAGCUGGAGUCCACCGGUAUCGGGGGAGUUGCCUGUGCCAGACACGGUUGCUUUGUCCCUCACUCCAUGGUGGAUUUUCAGAAAGGCGAAAGACAAAUGAACAUGGACUACGCCCUUUGCGAGGCUUCCCGGCACAACAUGGAAGGCAUCACCAGGGCUGUCACCUUCUAUGAUAUUAAUUGUCAAUACAACAAACACUUUCGGGUUCGGGUGGAUCGAAGUCGAUUUCUAGAAAUGGCACCACAACUAACCAUCAUUCCCGGAAUUGGGUUGUGGCACGUUCAUGGCCAUCAGGACAGCUGCUAUGUCCGAUAUGCUUCUAACUUUAUUGAAGGCAUUGGUCGGAUCGAUGGAGAGAUCAUGGAGACGCUAUGGGCAUGGCUCAAUUUGAUCUCUCCUGCUGCUCGGGGAAUGUCAUCUCCCCACCGAAAGGAAUGCCUUGAUUAUCAGAUGAAUGACUCCAAUUUCUGCAAGAUGAUUCGCAUGAAAAGGACUCUAUGCCGGAAAUACAAACUGGCUAGGAAUGGUAUCUUAGAAAGUGGAAAGGCAUUCGACAGACUCGAUGAAGCAGCACCCUCACAUUUGAAGACAGAAUGGUUAGCCAGGGAGAGGAUAGCUCAGUCAAGCAGAUUGAAUGAUCCUUCAGCCAUGGAUGAAUAUGAGAUCAAUAUCAAAAAGGAGGAGGGUAACGCCCGCAAUGCAGCACCCUCUCGCAGAUCUGUGGCGACAUGGAUAUCAACAGGGUUAGCAAUUGAAGAGGCUCAGAUUGCAUUGCUCAUCGAGGUCCGAAGGAUCGGAAGAAGAUCCACCGAGACACAGAGAUUAGACAUUGCCCGUCAAAGAGAUCGGCUCCAAGGCCAGAUAGAUGGAUUUGCUCGGUCUGCUCUAACACAUCUCGGGGAGGGAUUUGAUGCAGAUGAUGAACCUGAAGACUUGGAUGUAGACAUUCUAGAUGAUCUCGAUGAUGACCCGGCGGAUUUCACAGAGACAUCUCACACAUGGACAAACUCUCCCGAGCUAACUGUAAUCCCAUUGCCAUCAAACCUGGGGAUGUCGCUUCGUGAAGGGCAGGCCAAUGAUGCCCUUCACAAUCUCCGCAUUUACCUUUGCAACAAGGCCAUCCUAUUCCGAACAACCGUUAGGCAGGCCAAUUCCCAGGCCCUGAAAACUCGAGCUUGGUCCCAGGUAACGUCGGUGCAGCAGGCAGUCUCCCUCCAUGCCAGCAUAUAUACAAAGACAAGGAAGCAAAUGAUGAAACUUGAGCCGGGGCAAGACCAGCUUCAGAAAUACAAACCCCUGCUUCGCGAGCAACUCAAAAUCAGCACUGCAGUGGGCGACCCAAAUGCCCGAGGUCAACGAAAUGAAUCUUUGGCUUGGUUUUGGUCUGUUGAAGUCAACCUCGGGGGUCCUGAUCAAUCGUGGAAUGAAGAAUUUUACCGAGUCCAUUGGCUGAGGGCAAAGGCACUAUGGGAUCAAUGGAGGGAAGAAAUGCUAUUGGUCACAUUCGAGAUGGAUUGGACAUGUAAGUUCUUUUUGUGGAAAACAACCAUAUGGGGCGAGCACAUGCAGGAAUCAUUGGAGAAACGACUUCCGGGUCACGGAUGCUACGCUGGAAGGCAAUCCCACAUGUAUUCAUUGCUGGCACAGGAUGCGCAGGCAGCUUUUCAAGACCUACAAAACGUGUUGAUAGAGGCUGGAGAUGAAUGA